AUUGCUAAAUAUGCAUGUAAUAUUUCGUCUUGCUUAGUGAAAAAAAGAAAAAAAAACCUAUAUAAACAAGUCAUUUGUGUCGCAUUUUUACAUAACAAACAAAAACUUCCAAUCACUUCCUCAACCAUCCUUUCCCCUUUCCCUUCUUUUUAUCUAUCCUUGAUAAUUACUUUCUUUAAACAAUGAAAAAACCUUCAUUCUCCUAUUUCCCAAUUGUGGUGGCUGGUGUUUGCUUAGCAGUCUUUGUUAUGACAGCCGAUGCGAUUAACAUUAUCCAUCCCAAAUACAACAAAGGAAGCAGUGACAUUAUCCCCGGUCGCUACAUCGUUAGUUUCACUAGCAAGAGUAAGUCUGCUGGCUCUAUUUUCACUCAAUCUCUUCAAGAAGGAAUCGAAUCUGAUUUAAAGGUCAAUCAAAGAUAUUCUCACGAGCUUUUCAACGGUCUCUCAAUUAAGCUUGAUACAACUGAUGAUGCUAUCCAUACAUCUUCUUUACAAACCAUCCUCGAUAGAUCUGACGUUAAAUCUGUCACUCCUGUUAGACUCAUCAAUCGUCCCGAGAUUAUUGUCGAAAAGAUCAAGAAAGGAAAGAAGGCUUCUACUCCAUCUGUCUUGCCUCAUGCUAUGACUCAGGUUGACAGAGUUCAUAGCGAGCUUAAAAACAAGGGUAAAGGUGUCCUUGUGGCCGUUUUAGACACAGGUAUCGACUAUUUGCAUCCUGCUUUAGGUGGUGGCUUUGGUAAAGGUUUUAAAGUGAGCAAUGGUUAUGAUUUGGUCGGUGAUGCAUACACUGGCUCAAAUAAUCCUGUUCCCGACAGCGAUCCUCUUGAUAAAUGUGGUGUUGCAUCUGGUGCAUCUGGUCACGGUACUCAUGUUUCCGGUAUUAUUGCUGGUUAUGAAGCCUCUACUAACUUUACUGGUGUUGCACCUGAAGCUAACCUUGCCAUGUUCAGAGUGUUUGGAUGUACAGGUCAGGUCUCCAAUGAUGUGGUUAUUAAGGCUCUCUUGAUGGCUUAUGAUGCCGGAGCUGAUGUUGUCAAUCUCAGUUUGGGCGCCACAAAUGCAUGGGGUACAACCAGUGAUACUGAGUCUGAUAUUGUGAACAAACUUGUUGAAAAGGGAGUUAGUGUUGUUAUUUCUGCUGGUAAUUCUGGUGCCCAAGGUAUCUAUACCGUUGGUCAACCCGGUACUUCCAAAAAUGCAUUCACUGUUGCCUCCGUCGAGAACCAAUACUACACUGCCAAAGAGCUUACAGCUUCUGGUAUUGAUCACGGAAUUUUGUAUAGUCCCAGUGGUGUUGAUACAAUUGUUGAUAAUGAUGUUGCCAUUUCAGAUAAGACCCCCGGUACUGCUGCUGACUCUUGUACUGCUGCUCAAAUCUCUCCUGAUGUCAAGGGUAAGAUUGCUCUUAUUCAAAGAGGUUCAUGUAACUUUUCCGAUAAAGUAAACAAUGCCGCUAGUGCUGGUGCUGUAGGUGCUAUCAUUUAUAACAAUGUUGAUGGCUCUUUAUCUGCAUCUGUACCUGGUGUGACCAUUCCCGUUGUUUCUAUUACAAAUGCUGACGGUAAAGAACUUGUUGCUGCCAUUCUCAAGGGAUCUGUUAAAAUUACUUUCAACCAUGCUGGUGCCAUUCAUCCUGUUACUGAUGGUGGAUCAAUCUCCAGUUUCUCCAGUAAUGGUGCGGAAUCUGAACUUAAUUUCAAGCCUAAUAUUGCAGGUAUCGGUGGUAAUGUAUACUCUACUCUUCCUCGUUACCUCGAUAGCUGGGGUAUUAUGUCUGGUACUUCAAUGGCUGCUCCUUAUGUUGCUGGAUCUGUUGCCUUGUAUGUUCAUUCAGAAGGUUCCAAGAAGAGACAAUCAAUUUCUUUUGUAAACGAGCAAUUCCAAAACUACGCCCUUCCCACAAAGGUUUAUAACACUUCUACUAUUGACUCUCCUAUCCGUCAAGGUGCUGGUCUUGUUCAAGUUUACGAUGCUAUCACUCAAAAGACACACGUUACUCCCGCCCAAAUUACUUUCAAGGAUUCUUCUGAUAGCAAAUCCAAGACCCAAUCUAUCACCAUCACCAACCGUGGUUCCAAGACCAUCUCCUACGAAGUGAAGAACGACAUCUCCACCGCUAUUUCACCUUAUGAUGUCAAAGCUUCUGGUUAUGCCCCUCUUGAACCUGCCGAUAACUACUCUGCUGCUGCCAAGUUGCGUUUCUCCACUAAAGCAUUCAAGCUUGCUCCUGGAAAAUCCAAGAAGAUUACUUUCACUGUCACUCCUCCUAAGACUAACCCUAAAGAUCACAUCUUCUAUGGUGGCUUUAUUCAUGUUGUUUCCAAGCAAAAGUCCAACGGUAAAGACAUCAAGGUUCCUUACUUUGGUGUUGUCGGCUCUCAAAAGACUCUCCCCGUUUUUGACACUGGCUUCCCCACCAUUAUUGAUCGCCAAAGCAACGAAUACGGACCCAAAGAUACUUUUACCUUUGACCGUGCUGUCAAGAACUCUAGCCCAAUUGCUGUUAUUCGAUUAUUAACACCUUCCAAGACAAUUAAAGCCGAACUUUUAGAUGCCAAGACUAAGAAGGUUGUCGGUCUUUUCUUGACCGGUUUAGAUUACAACGGUCGUAACUUCCUCACCGGUGAUACCAGAUACGAUCAAUAUUCUUGGGACGGAACUUAUAUUCCUGCUUCUAUCCCUGAUGCUCCAUUCCCUAUUCCCGCUCCUGCCGGUACUUACUUGUGGCGUUUAAGCGCCCUUAAGUUGCUCGGUAAUCCUAAGACCAAGAAAGACUGGGAAACUUAUACUUCCGGUCCUAUUGUUCUCAAGAACUAAAAUACUAUUAAUGUUUAAUAAUUCCCUCUUUUUUUUCCUUAUAAAAAUUAAAGAUGUACAAGUAUAAUAAUAUUAAUAAAAUUCCUCAUCGUUUUAAAACGUC